CGGCCGUGCUGGAGUACCUGACGGCCGAGAUCCUGGAGCUGGCGGGCAACGCGGCCCGCGACAACAAGAAGACGCGCAUCAUCCCCCGCCACCUGCAGCUGGCCAUCCGCAACGACGAGGAGCUCAACAAGCUGCUGGGCAAGGUGACCAUCGCGCAGGGCGGCGUGCUGCCCAACAUCCAGGCCGUGCUGCUGCCCAAG